GCGAGGACGGGAGUGCAAACGCUACACACGUUCAGGAUGGCAGACAAGGACAGCGUGGAGAAGUACCUGGAGAACAACCCGCAGUUCGCCAAAGAGUACUUCGAUAAGAAGCUGCGCGCGGAGGCCCUGUCGGCCGCCUUCUCCGCACCUGUCGACAUCAAAGACCCCGCGUCUUUCAAGGAUGUUAACUCCGUGCAGGAGGCCGCCAUCAUCUUCGAGCUGGUCCAGGAGCUGCAGAAACCGGGGGAAAUGGAGAAGCCCCUUCACAAGGUGUUGCAGAGACUUGCCAUGAUCCUGCAGGCCGACAGGGUCAGUUUUUACUAUUGCCGGUCCCGAAACGGAAUACCUGAGCUCACCACUUGCCUCUUUGACGUGACUCCGACGUCCAAAUACGAGGAAAACUUGGUCCACCCGCAGAGAGAAAUCGUGUUCCCUCUCGACAUGGGCCUUGUCGGGUUCACCGCACAGUCCAAAAAGCCCCAAAAUGUCCCCGACGUCUCCAAGAAUCCCAAGUUCUCUGACUUUGUGGACAAUCAGACUGGAUACAAGACCAAAUGCAUGCUCACUUUCCCUCUGCUGGCUGACAAAGAAUGCCUUGGAGUCGUCAUGGCACUGAACAAAAUAGGAGCCGAUAAUUUCACUCCGGAGGAUGAGGCUCUCUUCCACAAGUACAUGAAGUUCGCCCAAGUCAUCGUUCUGCAGCAUCACACAGCCUACAUGUUCAAUGUGGAGUCCAGGAGGAGUCAGGUGCUGCUCUGGUCAGCCAGUAAAGUGUUUGAGGAGUUGACAGACAUUGAGAGACAGUUCCACAAAGCGCUCUACACUGUAAGGACCUAUCUGCAAUGCGAUCGAUACUCAGUGGGCCUGUUGGACAUGACCAAAGAGAAGGAAUUCUAUGAUGAGUGGCCGGUGAAACUGGGAGAUGUGGAACCCUAUAAAGGACCAAAAACGCCAGACGGCAGGGAAGUCAUUUUUUACAAGAUCAUCGACUACCUCCUGGAAGGCAAGGAAGAAAUCAAAGUCAUACCCGGUCCACCUGCAGAUCACUGGGCUUUAGUCAGCGGACUACCGACCUACGUUGCGGAGAAUGGCUUUAUUUGCAACAUGAUGAACGUGGCUGCAGAUGACUUCUUCACUUUCCAGAAAGAGGCUGUGGACGAGACAGGCUUUGUCAUCAAGAACGUCUUGUCGCUUCCCAUUGUCAACAAGAAGGAAGAAAUUGUGGGCAUCGCCACUUUCUUCAACAGGAAAGACGGCAAACCAUUUGAUGAACAUGAUGAACAGAUCACUGAGGCCCUGACACAGUUCCUGGGCUGGUCGGUGCUGAACUGCGACACCUACGACAAGCUGAACCGUAUGGAGUACAGGAAAGACAUUGCCCAGGAGAUGCUCAUGUACCAGAGCAGAUGCACAACGGAAGAGCUGCAGUCCAUUCUGAACACCAAAGAGAAGUUUGACGCAGAGCCUGAAGACUGCGACCAGAAAGAGAUGUACAAACUAUUGAGAGGAACCUGCCCACCAGCUGACAACGUCAACGGAGAGAACCUGUACCUGUUCUCCUUCAGUGACUUUCCCGUUUCAGAGUUCGACCUCAUCAAGGCCGGCAUUCGCAUGUUCUUUGAGCUUGGAGUAGUUGAAAAGUUUAAAGUUCCCCCAGAUACACUGACCAGAUGGAUGUACACAGUGAGGAAGGGUUACCGUGCCAUCACCUACCACAACUGGAGGCACGGCUUCAACGUAGGCCACACCAUGUUCUGCCUGCUCCAGACAGGGAAGCUGAGGAAGUACUACUCUGAUCUAGAUGCCUUUGCCAUGGUGGCUGCUGCUUUCUGCCAUGAUAUAGACCACAGAGGAACCAACAACCUCUACCAGACCAAGAGUGCAUCUCCUCUGGCCAGACUUCACGGCUCCUCCAUUAUGGAGAGGCACCACUUGGAGUACAGCAAGACACUCAUGGCAGAGGAGAGCCUGAACAUCUUCUGCAACCUCCAGAAGCGUCAGUUUGAGAAUGUGCAGCACUUGUUUGACGUCUGCAUCAUCGCCACUGACCUAGCCCUUUAUUUCAAAAAGAGAACCAUGUUCCAAAACAUCGUGAACGCGACAGAGCCAAUGGCAGAGGAAAAGGAGGCCACUUCGUACAUUUCCAACAACCCCACCAGGAAGGAAAUUGUCAUGGCCAUGAUGAUGACAGGCUGUGACUUGUCAGCUAUCACCAAACCAUGGGAGGUACAGAGCAAGGUGGCUCUGAUGGUGGCUGCUGAAUUCUGGGAGCAGGGAGAUUUGGAGAGAAGUGUUUUGGACCAACAACCAAUUCCCAUGAUGGACAGAAACUGUGCCGAGCAGCUACCCAAGAUGCAGUGCGGUUUCAUUGACUUUGUGUGCUCAUUUGUAUACAAGGAGUUCGCCAGAUUCCACAAAGAGAUCCAGCCCAUGUUUGAUGGUCUGAACAACAACAGGGCACACUGGAACGAGCUGGCUGAGGUGUACAACGCGAAGAUGAAGGCCAUCGAGGAUGAGAAGAAGAAACUGGAAGAAGAGGAAGCCAAGAAAGCUGGUGGUGGAACCGAAGGAGGGAAGUCAAAGACCUGCACCAUCUGCUAAAAUCCUCCAGUGCUUGGAUCUGGACUGAUGUGAUCUGGUUCGGACUAAUCUAGGCUACACUAGCCUAGAAUUCUGGUCUGACAAGUCAUCUACUUGGAUCUUUUCUAGGCUGGCUUGGUCUAGUCUGGUCUACAUCAGUGUAGUUCUUUCUGGUUAGGUGCUGUCUGCUCUGGAGCAGUCCAGUCCAGACCUCUUUGGUCUGGUCUGGUUCAUCCUAGUCUACUUCAGUCUAGUGUAGUCAGGUUUGGUCUACAGUCCAGUCUGGAUUAGGCAAGUUUAAACAUUCUGCAAGGAGAGUCAGAGACAUCACCAAGAAGUAAUGUUGGGACUCUUACUGCAAGAGAAGCCGCUUGACUCUGACGAUGUGAUGUAUUUGAAACUUCCUCCUUCCUCUGCUCCGUACAACACACCAUGAACAUUUGAAAAGCAAUACAUACAUGGACAGCAUAUAUCUCCCUUUAACAUAGCAAUAAUGGAAACAUUCCUGACCUGCAUGGUUUGAAAGCGGUUGGAGAAGCUCAUAAGCUGUAACCGAAUGUUCCAAGAUAAGCUAAAGUACAACUCUUUAAGUAUAAAUUACUCAAAUAGGGUACUGCAUGUACUGCAUGUGGGGCGUAUUCAUGCCAAAGCAAUAGUUUUCACACAGAAUUCCUAGUGGGAGUCAGUUACUAAACAGUAUAGGAGUACUGUAUGUUGCACAAUGCACUUAGCUGCUGUUGUUCUGGAAGUGGCAGGCCGUGCACGGAGGGCGGGAGAGCAGGCAGGGACACUAGCCACAGAACUUCAUACUUACAGGGAUCAGAGAAAGAGGGUUAAAAUAAUUUUUUUAGUAGCAGAGGUAUCAUUUAAUGAGACGUGAAAUUAAUUUCAAUACAGAAAAAAACUGCUGUUUUUGCCGAUGCAAUGCCGAUACUACAGCGAGUGAUAAUGCUCCAUCAAUAAGGGCUGAUGUUUUCUUACCUCAAAGGUGCUGAUGAGUUGUCUGAGGGUAUAUUCCUUUUAAUAUGCAGUCAGUCUACAUACAUAUAUAUUUUUUGAUUCUUUGUCUGAGAAUUUUGUACUUGACCUGUCUUCACAGAUGGAGAGUAAGAGACAAGCGCUGAGAGACGGCGUUCUGAAUCUGAACAAAUGCACACUAAAAUCACAUUCAGGCAUCGAGAAUAAGUCUAAUGUAAGCUUUGAUAAACACCUGUGAGCUGUUUUAUGUAUGUACAACCACCUGGGAAAAUAACUAUAAUGGUAAUAUACAUAAUAUUUACACCAAUGUUUAGAGCAAACUUACAAUUCUAUAUUGAUUCACAAAAGAUUUCUUUUGAAUGUGCAUGAUUUCACAUGAAUAUAGUUUAUGACAUAGCAAUUGUAAAAUGUAAAUUGUGUAAACUUAAUAAUAACUGAAACAUAAAAUUGAUUUGAAGGAUGUAAAAGCAAACUUUGCUUCUUCUAAGGAGGCAAGGGUCGCAGUCAGACAGGGUCCAGUAGAUUUACCUCUCCUGUAACAAGAUUUGAUAGGAUUUGAUUUGAUUGCGAGCCAGCGUCUGAGAACCAAACAGCUUUACACUUUAAGUACCCUUUUUACAUAGGAGGUGAAGCAGGCCCACCCAAGGCCCAUCAUAUGAAGGUGCAGAUGACUUGUGCUGCUUCUUUCUUCACUGAUUCAACAGUGAGAUGAAUCACGCUGUAAUUGUUGUUUGAUGUCAACUCAGUGUGAAUCACCCCACACAACCUCCCCAUGUAAACCUGCAUUGAACUAGAUCUGGUCAUGCAUGUGAAUGACAGUGCACUUUCUGAAAAACUUUAAGCAACGUCCCUCCCGGGGCAAAGGCAGGCUGUGGCUCUCAACUUCCUGUUACACAAUGUCAUCUCCUCUAAUCAAUGGGGCAUCAAUCAAAGGCACUUAAUCCUAUCAGAAUGGCUUUGGGACUACCUGGAAGCUUCUCUUCUGUUGCUUGAGUUGAAGCGGGGAGCUGUUGUGAUCGCUGGAGCUAAAACCGUACGAAAACAUCAAGUGAAUUAACCCCCUGAAAUUUACCUCGCUGUUCCUGCUGCACACAUUUUAUAUGGAUGUUUCCACCACCAGUUCUGGCUCCAGUGAUGGAAACGGCCCCUUGCUUUUCUUUCAAAGAUCCAUUGUUACAAACCAAAUAAUGUACUGUAUACUUUCUACUUAUCCUAUCAACUUUCAUUCAGGCAUUAGAAAUCUAUCA